AUGUCCACAAUAGCCUCUCCGCGACCAUCGUCGCUCCGUCGAACACCUACCAACUCUACUCGUCCGUCGAUCGACACCGUCCGGUCGGCGGUGACAUCCCCGACUCUCGCACCGACCACCAACCCGGCACCACAACCUACAAAGCGUUCCAAUCGAGCUGCGCUCCGAGAGUACUAUAACCUGCGCGCCGCGGCGGCACCUCCACGCAUCGAGCUUCCUGAUUCCGAAGUGCCGGCCAGUGACAUUGACGCUGAGGACUUCAAGGCCGAGGAGUAUGUCGACAAGGUGGUAGGUGAGAGCACGCUCGAGGAGCUGCUGCGACUGUACACGCGCGUGCUUGGGGAGGUCAGGGCGCUGGAUGCGGAGAAGAAAGCUCUGGUGUACGACAACUACAGCAAGCUCAUCACAGCCACUGAGACAAUACGAAAGAUGCGUGCGAACAUGGACCCAUUGAAUCCUAUGGCGUCGACGCUGGACCCGGCGAUUGCGCAAAUCUACACACAAGCUUCGUCGAUACGAGAAGCACUACGUCGGGAUAUCCCGCCACCCGAGUCGGAAGAAGGAAAGAAAAGAGAUGCCGAACAACGGCGGAGACGGACGAAGGAGCUUGCCGUCGAAGCGCUCGCCACACCAGACAGAAUGCGUGCAUUGGUGGAAGAGGGGAAAAUGGACGAAGCGAGGAGAUUAUGGGAGCGACCCAGGCAAUUGCUCGUGUCGUGGAAGGAGAAAUGUGUUGGAGGAGACGAAGUGCAGCAGUGCAUUGAUGAGGGCGACGACGCCCUGCAGACAUCGGAGGGUACACAGUCCUCACGGCCUUCGAAAGACUCUAUCCGCAUUACCAGGGAGGAGGUGCCAUGA